CAACGAGGAAACAGAUAUUUUAUACAUUUACACAUGGGAUUACGUAUGUGCUCCAAUAACGUCAAAUCCUCAUUAUAAGAACUGGUUUGAUAAAAUAAUACCUGAUUAUAGAGUUUUUACGGCAAUCAGCCUAAAAUUAAUAAGAUUGCACCCAAAUAUUAGCAAACAAGUAGAGGCUUUUGCGGACAAUAAUUUUAAUGAUUAUAAUAUAGGAGUUCAUUUAAGAGAGAAAAAGACAAUAUAUGAUUUGGUAACACCCAUAGAUCAUUUCAGUCUGGUAGUGAAAAUGUUAAUAUUAGGAAUAAAAAACAUGAAUAUAACUAUCUUUGUGGCUGCUGAUAGUAAUGAUGGUCGUAAAAAAUUAGUAAAUUUAAUUAAUGAAAUGACUACUUAUAAUAACAAUUCUAUUAAAGUAGUUCAUACUGAUGAUGAUAUGGACGCUCCAAAUCCUUUUAAUUCGAACACUGGUACGGAAGUAGGCGCUCUUAUCGAUAUGAAGUUGCUUAGUUUAUGUGAUGACUUGGUUAUUACAUAUGGUUCAUCAUUCGGUUUCACUGCUGCAGGAUGGUCACCAAAAACGUAUCGUCGAAGAGGUCCGUUUGUAGUAAUGCCAAUAAAAGAUUCGAGCGAUGAUUUUUGGACUGUAGAUAAGGUUUGGGUGUGGGGCGCUACAUCAAGCGAGCCUUGCAUGUACCUAAGUAAGUGGGUAAUUGAUAAAGCGGAUGAGGAAACCUCUAGAGCUUUUAGGUCACAUCCAUUAUGGAUGCAUUAUAAAAGGGUGGAUGGUCCUUUAGAUCAGAAGGAUGAUUAUUGA